AUUGGGUUUACGCUUUAAGACGAUGCGUUGCGAUCAGGGAGGAACAGGGCAUGGUGUCGGAUGUUUGCGGACACACAGAAGCUUGUGAUAGUUGAGAGCAAACCUGGUUUGGAUCUGCUCGUUCUGGGCCAUUGAUUUCUGUUGGUAGUCUUUUGCUUUGCUGAUUAGUUCUGGCCUUUGAUUGCCGUAGAAGAAAAUAUCAUAGAAUAUUCUUGUUUACGCUGUGCCCAAUUCAGAAAGCAAAUGUUAGUGGAUAGUUCCUAGUUGAAGAAUUCCCCUUUCCUGAGUAGCUGCAAUCGGGUUUUGAGUUAGGUUGUAUACCUUCGGAUACAGUGUUUCAUGCUGAUAACUUACAAUAAUCUAAGAGCAAGUUAUCUGUGUAGAAAGGCCUCUUGUCUACCCUUUGUCAAAAUUUUGAACAUCUGUUGUUCAGAAAUCUUCAGCACCAUGAAAGAAAUCAAAGUAAAAGGUGUUUCUAGUAUGUCUACACUUGUAUCUGAUGAACAAUCUCGAAUCCCUCAACCCGAAUCCGUUGAUGAUGGUUAUCCAUCUCUUGAUGUACAAUUUACUCCUGAAAUAGAGAAGAAGUAUGUCCAUCGUGUUUACGAUGCUAUUGCACCCCAUUUCAGUUCCACCCGGUUUUCUAAGUGGCCCAAAGUGGCCUCUUUUUUGUCAUCCUUGCCUUCGGGAUCUUUAGUGCUGGAUGCAGGAUGCGGAAAUGGAAAGUACUUGGGAUUGAAUUCUGACUGCUUCUUCAUAGGAUGUGACAUAAGCAGUCCCCUUAUUAAAAUCUGUGCUGAUAAGGGGCAUGAAGUUUCGGUUGCAGACGCUGUAAAUCUUCCUUACAGAACUGGUUUUGGUGAUGCAGCAAUUUCUAUCGCAGUAUUACACCAUCUUAGUACAGAGAAUAGGAGAAAGAAAGCAAUUGAAGAAUUGAUCCGAACUGUUAAAAAGGGUGGCCUAGUUUUAAUAACAGUUUGGGCUGUAGAACAAGAGGAUAGAUCAUUGCUUUCAAAGUGGACUCCACUCACCCAAAAGCAUGUUGAAGAAUGGAUAGGACCUGGUAGUCCUCGCGUUCGUAGUAGCCCUUCAUCCCCUAGACUGGAAAGCAUCCCAGAAGCUGAGGAGAACAGUUUGGGAGAGCAUGUAAAAGAUUCCAAGGAAAGUUCAACUAAGAGAUUGCCAGAAACAACCUCUGGAUAUGCUUCCGUUGCUUCCUGUGAUGUGGAAAAUGUCAAUAAUCAACAGGAAUAUUUUGUCCCUUGGCACCUACCAUAUCAUCGUGCUGAAAUCAGUGGUGCUUCUGCUUGUGCUCUUGCUAAUGGCCUGGCAAGGAAAGAUGAUAAAAAGGGUGCUGUAGUGUACAACAGAUAUUACCAUGUCUUCAGUGAAGGUGAACUUGAAAGUUUAGUAUCGGGUAUGGACAAUGCAGUAAUUGUAGAUCGGUUUUUUGACAAAUCCAACUGGUGUAUCAUUCUUGAGAAGACAUUAUGAAAAGAUCAGACGGCUGAUCCUAAGUUACUCACUGCAUACACCCCUCAAAAAGCAACUUAUAGGCAAUGAAACACAGUUUAUGGGGAGAGAGAGAGAGAGAGAGAGAGAGAGAGAGAGAGACUUUGGCUUCAAUGUAACUUGAAUUGGCUUCAUGAUUACAUGUAGAAAAUUUUGCAUAACUCACACACACAUGCCUUGUUAGAGGUGUUGACGUCAUUGUAUUGUUCAAUGUUGGAUUAAAUUUGCUCUCUUCUUAUGAGCAGUGCAUAAAUUUGCUUUUUUAAUAUCUCAAUGAUUUGGUAACUUUUGUA